AUGCUAUUAUCUAGCCAUGUAGGUACAUCAAAGUCAGAUCAAACUACAAAUACACUAUUGAUAAGUGACAAUCUUAAUCGAGAUCCUGGUCAUAAGAAUACAAAUGCUUUAAUUUUAUUUUCAAGUGGGUUUGGACCGUAUCAACCAAAUAACAUUAUAUUUCCACAGCAUUUAGGAAGAAAAUUUCGAACAGAGUGGUAUACUUCUUUUCCUUGGAUAGAAUAUAGUCCUAGCAGUAACUCUGCAUAUUGUUUUUACUGUCGUGUUUUUCCAUCUAAAACAUCAGAUCCAACUUUUGUUAGUGUUGGAUUCAAGCAAUGGUCAAAAGCUAGUUUCAAGUCUUUUCCUCAGCAUGAAAAAUCAUUUGGACACAAAGAAGCUAGUGCCAAAUUAGCUGGUUAUAAAAAUUCUAAGAAAUCUGGGAGUAUAAUUAGCAAAGUUAAUACACACCAUCAGCAGAUAGUAGCUGAUAAUCGAGCCUAUUUAAAAUGUAUUUUAGACAGUUUACUUUUUUGUGCUCGUCAAGGAAUAGCUAUCAGAGGUCAUAGAGUAGACGAAGACUCUUCAAACAAAGGAAACUUUCUAGAACUAUUAACACUUCGUGCUAAAGAUAAUGAUAUUAUUCAACGAUAUUUUAUUGAAAAAGAAAAGACAUUUCGUUAUGUCAGUGGUGAUUACACAAAUACAUUUCUUGAGUAUUUAGCUAAUAUUGUUAUUGAAAAUAUAAUUGAUAAUGUAAUAGCUGCGGGUAUUUUCAGUAUAAUAGUUGACGAAACUCAAGAUUUGUCUCGACAUGAACAAGUCGCAAUUAUUAUAAGAUACGCAACAAAAGAUUUAUCUCCAGCAGAAGUUUUUCUUGGUUUUUAUAAAACAGAAAAUACAGAUGGAGAAACACUUUCAAUGUUAAUAAAAUCAACUCUUGUAUCUCAUGGUUUAAAAAUAGAAAACUUGAGAGGGCAGUGUUACGACGGUGCAGCGUCAAUGAGAGGGUCGUAUAAAGGGGUACAAGCAAGAAUUAAAGAAGAAAAUCAUUUAGCAAUGUACAUUCACUGUAAUGCACAUAUUUUAAAUUUAUGCCUUAUAGAUUUGGCUAAACAAGUAUCUUAUGUAAGAAAUGUAUUUGGAACAUUAAAUACAUUACAUAAUUUUAUUGGUGCAUCAUCCAAGAGGCAUGCGAUUUUUGAAAAAAUGUAUUCAGUUUUAAAUAUAAGUACAUGUGAAGAACCUAAAACUUUAAAAAGUCUCAGUGAUACUAGGUGGAGUUGCCGACUAGAUGCCCUCAAGGCGGUUUUAUUCAAUUUUCAAACUGUGGUUAGUACUUUAGAAGAUAUUUCGGAAAAUGAUGCUGUUUAUGGAUCUGAUGCUAAUGCAUUACUAAAUCAAUGGCAAAAGAAACAAUACAAGAAUUAUGCAAUAUGCGGUGUGAAGAAAGUUUUAAUAACACUUGGAAUGAAGUAG